GAACAGAGUCAAGAGAAGUAUUUGGACUAAUUGCAAAAAAAACAACUCUUCUGGGCAAAACAAUCCCGCGUUCUUAUUGGUUAUUCCAUGCUACGUGUCGCCGGAAGCGAGAUGCGCCAGGCGAAUUGUCGCAAAUUAUCAGUCUUUGUAGUAAUAGAAUUUUAUAUGUGCAACUUUAUACACCCAAAAUGACGGGGAAAUCGUCUCGAAAUGGCGUGGUUGCUGCCGAUGAAAGCUUCAAACCGUUCGAAACGACUACGGGAGUAAAAUUCGUGAGUGCUGGGCUGGCAGCCUCGGUUGCAGAAAUCGUAACGAUGCCAAUCGAUACCUCGAAAGUUCGUCUUCAGAUUCAAGGGGAAAGUGCAAUUACUCAAAUGGCAAAAGAUGGUGCCUUACAUGUCAAAAAGUAUAGGGGACUCAUUGGCACUUUGUUCACAAUAGCUCGAGAGGAGGGAGUCAGAAGUCUUUAUAGUGGGUUGGUGCCUGCGAUCCAUCGUCAGCUUGCCUUUGCUAGUAUCAGAAUUGGCUUGUAUGACCGGGUGAAGGAACUGUAUGGUGAUGAUGGCAGUGGUAGCCACCCUAAAGUUUUAACCAAAAUUGCAGCAAGUAUAACCACUGGCACCUUUGCUGUCUGCUUGUUUCAGUGUACAGAUGUUGUCAAGAUACGCAUGCAAGCUAGCGGAGUAAAGAAUGCUCGUUAUUCUGGUGCUUUCAAUGCAUAUCAUACAAUAUAUGUUCAAGAAGGAGUCAAGGGCUUAUGGAAGGGCUCAUUUGCCAAUAUUGCACGAUUGAGUCUAGUCAAUGUUUCAGAAGUUGUUGUGUAUGAUAUUAUCAAAAGUUUUUUCCUUGCAAGACGCCUCUUGCACGAUAAUAUACCAUUGCAUUUAGUUUCAGCAUUUGGAGCAGGGUUCGCAGCUACAGUGAUAGCUUCUCCAGUUGAUGUGGUAAAGACAAGAUUUAUGAAUUCCGCACCAGGACAGUACAAGAGCGCCUUGCACUGUGCUGUUGAAACAAUGAAACACAAUGGACCAACAGCAUUUUAUAAAGGAUUUACACCAAAUUUCAUGCGACUUGGAUCGUGGAACAUUGUCAUGUUUUUAACUUAUGAGCAAUUGAAGAGAGCCAUUUCGACAUUGACUACAAGUAGUAAUUAAAUUGUACAUUAGAAAUGAAUCAAUUAAAGUUAAAGAGAAAUAUGCCACCAUGAUUUGUGCCUGAAAUUUAGGUGUUGGCCAAGCUAGCCAACUCGGCAACACUAACAGACAAAGACUUUUAUUGUAACUAAUGUAUGAUAACAGGGUCAUUGGCAAUACUUGUGUGCAGGAGUGUAUCUAGCCUUGAUCAAAGAUUCCUAUAGGAAUUUCUAUAGGAAUAGCUAUAUACAAAAUAUGCGAAUUUUGCACCCUUGCAGGGCUUUAAGACCCGUUUCAAACGUCGAAAUUUUCAUGUCAGCACACUGCUGAACUAAAUGUUAAUGAGCUGAAGACUGUGUUUAAUUUCGGCACAUGAAAUGUUCGACGUCUGAAAGAGGCCAUCAAGCUUUGUGCACACGAACUUCGUUAUGUGAAAAACCGUUUUGGCAGUAAAAGACGAAAACGCUCAAAAAGGUUAUGUGUAAUGUGUGCACAAAGCUUAGGCCUGUUUAAUUACCCUCUUUUUAUUUCGUUUAUUAUGAGCAGUAUUCCAGUAAGUCGCUAUAAAGGUGUGGCUGUGAAUUUCAUACUUUCAACCGGAUUAAAAUUAAGUCUACAAGGACUACAAGUACAGGCAGCCUACCUGGAAACGUCAAUCACUAAGUUUGAAAUUAAUUAAGAAGUAGUCAAGUAGUUAGCUAGUUUAUUAUAAUUCCGGUAAAAAUAUCAAAUAACAAUAAUAACAUAAUUUUGCAAUAUGCUCUAAUCAA